AUGACAGUCAAUUAUGAAAAUAAAGACCAAAAUUACAACGAAAUUACAAAGUCUACUUGGUAUGCUAAAAAUAAAGAAAAUUUAAAUAAGGCAAAAUAUUUAGAAAUUGAUUCAUUUUCUGUUAUAAUUGAUUGGAUAAAUAGUCUUUUAAUAAAUAAAAAUAUAUUAAAUGCUUAUAAUAUAUAUGAAGAGAUAAAAGAUGGAAUAAUAAUUUUAAAGUUAAUACAAAUAUAUAACCCUGAAAUAGAAAUUCGUGGGAUAUUUUUUAAAGCUAUUAAAAAAAAAUGUGCUAUGAAAAAUUUGGAAAAAGCACUAUCAAUAAUAUAUAUGAAUAAUCCAUAUUAUUAUUCCCUAGUUUCAUCUACAGAUAUUUAUGAAAAAAAAAAAAAAAAAGUUAACAUUUUAUUAAUACAACUAUUUGAUAAAUUCGAAUUUCAAAAUUUAAAAAAUAUAUCAACACCUUUACUUAAUUGGUAUAAUUAUACUCUUAAAAAAAUGAAACUACCACUUUAUUCUAAAACAAUAAAUAACCCUUUUCAUAUAAUAAAUAAUAAAUCAAUAAAUUGUUGCAAUGAAAAAGAAAAAUAUUUAUCUUUUAAAAAAAAUUUUGAAAUAAAUAUACAAAAAGACAACACCAAGGAAGACAUUACAAUAGAUGGAAAUAUGAAAAAAAAAAAAAAAAAAAAAAAAAUAUUAAAUAUAUUCCCUAACGAUGUAAAAGAGUAUAAAAUAAUAACACACGAAAAAAUAAAAAAUAAAUCAAAUGCUCUAAAAAAUUUUGUUACAUAUUUAUUAUACAAAGAUAAAGAAGAAUAUCAAAAUGAGGUACCUUAUAUUGUCAAAGAUUUUUCAGAUAGUAUAAAAAUAUUUUUCAUAUUAUAUAGAUAUGGUUAUAUUUCCAUUGAAGAGUUGCAAAUUGUGACCAAAUCAAAUAGGAGGAAUAAUUUUUUUUUUUUACAAGAAUUACUUAGAAAAUUAAAUAUACCAAUUGUUUUAAAAAGCCAAUAUUUAAAUAACCCAUCUGAAAUUGCAAUUCUUUUACAAUUAAAAUAUAUACAAUGUUUUAUUCAUAACAAUGGUUAUUCAAAAGCUAUUGAUUUAAAAAAAAACUAUUUUCCUUCUAUCUCGUUGUAUAAAAAAAAAGAUAAAAUAAGUGCACAUACAAAAUGUGAUCACAAUAUUAACAAACGUAAUAGCGACCCAACCAAUUAUAAUAACAAUAUAUUAUUAAAUGAUUAUACUAAAAAUAAUUAUAAUUGUUGUUAUGAACAAAAUGAUAAACAAUUUUUAAAUAUGAAACUUAAUGUACAUAAUGAAAAAGACAUAAUUGAUGAUCAUAAAAAUGAUGUAUAUGAAAAAGUGGAAUAUAAAACUUGCAAAGAUAUCCCUAAUUCUGAAAUUGAUAAAAUAAAUAAAAAUUAUAAUAAUAAAGAUGGGAAUGGAAAAAGGGAACAAAUAAAUCAAUUUAGUUGUUAUAAUCUAUCAAAUGGUAUGGAAGAUUUAUUUGAAGGUGGAAAUAAUUGGAAUUUUAAUUCAUCUAUCAAAAUAUAUCAAAAUAAAAAAGAGAAUAAUUACAGAAAAAAUAGAGAACAAACAGAUCAUCUUCAAGAUAAAAAAGAAAAUAUUUUGUGUGCAGAUCAAAAUGAAAAAGAUAAUUUUAUUCCAACAAAUAAAUAUUUAGAAAAAGAGCCGCUCACAAUCACUCCAAUAAAAAUGUUAAGAAAAAUGUUUCAUAACCAGAUUAAAGAAAAUAUGAAUGGCGAUAAAGAAAAUAUGAAUGGUGAUAAAGCAAAUGCAAUUGAAAAGCCCAAAUUUAGUGAUAUCAAAUAA